CUAUUUGGUUAUAGAAACACUCGUGGAAGUUUGGGUGAACUCGAAAAAGCUGUGGAAACACUCACCUGUGGCUUGUGUUCUCACAGUAGUCCUCGUCCUCCCAAAUUUUCACUGGUCGGUUUCGUCAAAGUUAAGAUUAUCAAUAUUAUUAUAAAUUUCUCAAAUAUCGUUAUGAGCUUAUUCAAGCAUGACAUGGACUACAACUUGGAGAUAUUUAAUGCUUCUCAGCCCUUUGUUAACCCUCUUUCUUUCUCACCCCCCUCCACCCCACCUGUUUCCUGGUCGGCUGCCGAUUUGUCUUCAAUGUUGUCAAUGCGUGAGUUAAUUCCAAAGUAAGUGCGCGCGCACUUUCAAGCAGGAUCUCAAGUGAUGUAAUAGGCAAGCGAAGCGUCACAAAGAGCCACUAAGCCAACUUUGCCAAACUGAGUGCAAAGCGAAUGACUUCAACAACGGGAAGAAAAAGGUCAAAAUUACGCGAUCUUUUGUUAAUCAUUCGCCUUUUUAUUUAUUGUAUCGCCAUUGUUUUGGUCAACUGGCUGAUAUAUGUAAUGCGAAGGCUUCGUGCGUGUAUCCAGUACACGUUAGCGAUCUUUAACGCACAGAGCAGGAAACCACAAUCUGUCGCUUGUAGAGAGGGCGAAGACCGAACAAUCUAUGGAAAGUUGCAACGACGAUGUCUACAGGGGGCGAAUCAAGCAAAGAACAAGAUACGAACUCAUGAUCAACACAAGAAAAGGAGGGGCAGUGGUCGAAAAAGAAUGAACUAUUCAUAUCUUCAGCCACCGCCAGUUGAAGAACUGACUUUUACAAGGGGCGAUGUCUGGAGAACAAAGAGCGAUACAUCGAAAUUAACACAACCCCAAUUGCGAGUGUAUUAUGGCGAUAGUGUCAAGUGUAAUACUGACAUGCACAAAACUCACAGCAACCGAGUUAAUUGCUCUCCCAUUUCUUUUUCGAGAGAGGUUAAACAAUCCGUACCACAAGCAAAGAGCAGCUAUGUUCGGACGUCAAGGAACAGAUUUGUGAGUCGCCGCUAUCUAGGAUGGUUACAGCGAUAUCCAAACCUGCGACCUAAACCAAAUUGUAAAUGUAGCCGUCCUAGCUUGGUCCACCCGCGUUUCACAACACUGUCGCAAGUGAACACUGGAAAACAGGUGCGUGCAUCUCUGAAAAUGAAAUACGCUCAGGAAUAUGCCAUCACGAGGCUGAUGAAGGAAGACAAAGUUUCCGACGACCAAUUUUCGAGUCAAGUGGAAACUUGGAAUGAAUGUUCGAGUACAGGGAAGUUAAGCUGUGACGUUGUGUCUGACUCAGUUGAUGGCAGUGGGAAAAAUCUGGAAGCAUCACAAGCAACCGUUCAUCAUUGUUUGACAGCACGUGUAGCUUCAUAUCACGAGGGCAAUACAAGCGGCAAAUUGAUGGCUUCAAAAGAAAUUAGGUUUCUUCAUCCCUCUCUGUUGCACGAUCUGCCAUUAAAUUGUGUUAACAAGGAAGCAGUAGCUAAGAUUUCACUGCAAAGUGCACCAAAGACCCUGCGACCCAACUCUAUAGCAGCUUUGAGAGAAGCAACAUUCAACUCAACAACAGAUGUUGACCACACCCAUUUUCUAGAAUCUAGCCUUGGUGUUGCUUUAAAGCGACCGGUGAAGAGUUUAUCAGGAUAUGAUUUCUGUAAUUCUAGAUCUGCUGUUACUAAGGCAAGGGCAGUGGCCACUUCCACCUCAAACGCGAUCAAAAGAACUGUGAUGAGUCUAACUGCCGUAAUAUUAAAAUGA